ACGUGGCGGCAGGAGGCAGUUACCAUCGCCCGCAGUGGGAAGGGCGAGGGCCGGUUCCCUCUGGACCACAUGAAGCUCUGUGCCAUGAAGCCCUGGACAAUGAGUGCACACAUCUCACUCCUGAUAUUUUAGAAGAACCAUGUCAUUCUGAUUCUAGAGCACCAAAAGAAAGGACAAGCUUCCAGCCAUGGCUUGGUUCCAGGUGAUGCUGUUUCUCUUUGCUUUGCUACUGCAAUCAUUGCCCACAGAAGGAAAGGACCCUGCUUUUGCUGCACUGUUAACCGGCCAGGUGCAAGUUCAAAGAGAGAUUGUGAAUAAGCACAAUGAACUGAGGAGAGCAGUUAACCCCACAGCCAGCAACAUGCUAAAAAUGGAAUGGAGCGUAGAAACAACCGGAAAUGCUCAGAAGUGGGCUAAUAAGUGUACUUUAGAGCACAGUAAUCCAGAAGCCCGAAAAACCAGUACCAGAUGUGGUGAAAAUCUCUAUAUGUCAAGUGACCCUACUCCUUGGUCAACCUUAAUUCAAAGCUGGUAUGAUGAAAAUGAAUAUUUUACUUACGGUGUAGGAGCACAACCCAAUGCAGCUGUUGGACAUUUUACUCAGGUUGUUUGGUAUUCAUCUUACAAAAUUGGAUGUGGAGUUGCUUACUGUCCCAAUCAAAAUACCCUAAAAUAUUUCUACGUUUGCCAAUACUGUCCUGCCGGUAACAAUGUGUUGACAAAGGCCACUCCUUACAAGCAAGGGGAACCGUGUGCUAGCUGUCCCAAUAACUGUGAGAACGGAUUAUGCACCAAUAGCUGUGAGUUUGAAGAUUCCCUUAGUAACUGUGAGGCCUUGAAGAAAUCAGCAGGCUGUGAACAUAAACUGCUGAUGGAAAAGUGCAAGGCUACCUGCCUGUGUGAAAACAAAAUCCAUUAACAUGUCCAGGGCGCAGCAAGAAGGACUUCAUGGAAAGGGGAUGCAGUUUUCAGCUGCGGCAUGCCAGGGAAACCUAGAGGAGAUUAGUGACAAGUUGGAUCCCAAAUGACAAAGCUUUUCCCUCCCUGCAUUUACACAGAAAUCUCAUUCAUACGGCUAUUUAAAAAGGUGUUAUUGAGGAUGACAGCUUUGGAUUAUGACCAAUGUUGGUGCUUUAAACACAGUGGAUUGAGUUGGAUGCAGAAUUUUGAAAGUU